AUGAUCAGAGACGGGAGGCUAGCGGCAGCUGUGGCUGCGGCGAAGGCUGCAGCAGCUGAGAAGGAAGCAGCGGCAGAGAGAUCAGCAUCGGGAGAGGAAGAGAGAACAGCAAAAGCAAGUGAAACGACGGCACAGGUCCCACCAGGACAAACCGGUGCUGCAGCAGGCCCGGUUAGAGAUGGGCGGUUGGCGGCAGCUGUGGCGGCUGCAAAAGCAGCAGAAGCAGCAGCAGCGGAGAGAGCAGCAGCAGGGGGAGAAGCAAACGAGCCGGCACAGGGAGGCCUACGCGCCACCGGCGGUGCAGAUUUAUUGGCUUCUGCUGGAGGAGCAGGUGUUAUCAGAGAUGGACGGCUGGUGGCGGCUGUGCCUUCAGAUGGACGGUUGGCAGCAGCCGUGGCUUCUGCAAAAGCAGCAGCAGAAAUGGAGAGAGCCGUGAAAGAAGCAGCAGAGCGGAUUGGAGAUCCCAAUGCUGCUGCGGGGACCACUGCGUCUGGUGGUGCGUUGACUCCGUUGACCGCGUUGACCAGCCAGGGGGCUGAAAGCAGGGCGAACAUUGGGCAAGGGAGGGCUGUGGCAGGGGAGGGGAGGACCGCGUCGCUUACGAGGUUAGAGGCGAAAAGGUACAGCGGUAGAGAGGGUGAGCGAGGGGUGGAGCGCGGUGGAGAGGGGCGGAGGCGGACACGGAGCAACGUAUCUCUGAUGGACACAGGGGUGCUGCGGCUGGAGGAGGAGGUCGAGAGGGAGCUGGCGAGGCAGGAGAAGCUGGUGGAGCUGAUUGCCGUGGCAGGAGCUGACAUGCCCACACUGCCCGUGCAGGAGGAGCAGGACCGGGCUGAAAGGCAGCUUCAUAGAGACGUGCACCACUGGGGGGACGAGGUGGCGCAAACACGCAAGCUGCUUUUAGAGCUUACCGUAGAGAGGGUCAACCUGGAGCGCGCGCUGGAGCAGGUGCACUGGGCCGUGGGGUCGCCUGGUGCUGUGCGCGCUGUUCACACUGCACAAAUGCAACUGCUGCAGUUGACUGCGCAGAGAGAGGUUCUCAAGGAGCUGAUUCAGAACGAGAAGAAGGAGAAUGAGAAGGUGGAAGAGUUCCUGGAUCAGAUCCUGAGUGACCCUGCGCUAGAUACCACCUCCCCCGGGUUCGCCUCCCUUAUCAAAGACCUUAUUCACACGCUCAACACCAGCCCCCCUGUCCUCCCAGCUGCCACUGCUGCCAUUGGCGCCGCCUCUGCUGCUGCUUUUGCUGCCUUUGCCGCUGCUUCGGCUGCUGCCGGGAGUGUGGGCGGAGGGGGAAUGGGAGGGGUAGGUAGAGGAGGGGGUGAUAUCCACUCGGCCUCUGUUGGCCCGUCUGGUGGUGGUGGUGCUUCUAGGGCGUCUAUACUUGGCCAUAGCUAUUCUACUCUUAGCUCUAGCACCCAGGUGCAUCGGCUGAAGGACCUUAUAAAGGAUGUGACUGAUCCGAAGGGGGCGAAAGAAGGCGGCAGGCGGAGGAGAGGGGGGAGUGGGUCGUGGGAGGAGAUUGGGAAGAGGCUUGAAGCAGAGGAGGGAGGGGGAGGGGGUAAAUCGGGUGGGGGAGGAGGAGGGAGUGGUGGCGGGAGGGGAGGGGAGAGCAUGGGGACUCUGGACUGGCAGGGUCGAACGGGGGUAGAAGAAGACGAGGUGGGGCAUCUCACGGGAGGGAGUGAUGGCAAUGCGGUGGGGGGAGGGGGCAAGGGAGGGGGAGGAGCGGGAGGGGGAGGGGGGAAGAGUCGACUGAAGGUGCUACAUAAGCUGAAGAAAAAGGUGAGCUCAGCAGGAGUGGGGGCGUGGGGGGGAGGAGCGGGGGGAGCCGCAGGCGCAGGAGGGGGAGGAGGGGGAGGCGGAGGGGGGGAUGAGGCAGGAGACGGGGAAGAGGGGUAUUUCCCUGGUGGGGGGAUGGGGUCGCCGAGAGGGGGAGAGGGAGGGGGUGCAUCCUGGGGUGGGAUACCUAUCAUACCGGGAGCACAUCGUAGGACCGGCAGCGGUGGGGAUGCCGAUUCUGUGAGCGGAAUAGGGUAUAGUGCUGGUGCCGGUGCUGGUGGUGCUGCUGGUGCUGGUAACAGCAGUGGUCAUCCGGCUGGUGCUGGUAACCUGGUUACCAGCAGCGCGAAGCCCUUGAGCCGAGGCAUGUCUCCGUUUAGGAACCUGGGGCGGUAUUUAUCGUCCACUGAAGCAGACCUUAGAGCCCUGGCUGAUGGUGCAGUGGCGAAGAGCGGUGGGCCUCCCGACCUGCCUCCCUUCGCUGCUGCUGAGCUUGCUGAGCUUUCCACUGGUGCGAGUGGGAGUGAGUCUCUUGUGCAAGCCCAUACAGGAAAGGAUUCGGGCAGGUCUGCUGUGGUAUCAGGGCUUGCGGCAUUGGAUUUUAAGCUUGGAGCUUCUGGGGGGAAGGGAAUGGAGGGAGGGGAAGGGGGGGAGGGAGUGAAGGGGCAGGUGGGAGGGGAAGGAAGGCAGGAGAGAAGGGCGGGAAGGCGAGGGGGAGGUGAUUCCGUCUUACAGGGAGAGGAGGGAGAAGAAAGCGAGGAGGGAGAGGAGGGAGAGGAGGGAGAGGAGGGAGAGGAGGGGGACGAGGGUGAGCAAGAGGAGGAAGAGCGGGGAGAGGGUGAGGAGGAGGAGAAAGAAGAGGAAGUGAUGGAGAACAUGGCACAUGGCGCAUGCUCUCCUGGAGUGUUCUCUCGGUUCAACCGCAGCACCUCUGCUAUCCACCGCACUGCCUUCCCUGCUAACGCUCACGCUCUUCUUAGUUCUGACCAUGUGCGAGCACAUGGGCGUGAGGUGAAUGGGAAAGAAGGAUCCGAGGGGGUUACUCCGAGGCAGAGGAGUGGCGGCGAUGCUGCUGCUGCUGCUGUUGCUGUUGCGCUCAGGUCCCGCUCCAUGCGUGAGGGUUCAAAGGGCUUUGAGGGUUUCGACCGGGCAGGGGAAUCAUCAAAGUACCAAGAUGGAUCGAUGGGUUCGUCUGACCCAGGUCAGGGCAUCACCCUUGCUCCGACCUCCCUCGUGCCCUCCAUGCUGCUUGCAAGCAGCAAGAGCCCUGAGCGCAUGCGCCCCUCUCUCUCUUUCCGCCGAGCAAAAACUCCCGAGAGACACCAUUCGUACAGCCCUACUACUCACUCCUUCUCCCCUUCCUCCUCCUCGUCCUCCUCCCGCCCUCGCUCCCCUCUGGGUAAGAUGCUGUCGUUUGCGGUCCGGCAUGCUCCGGGCAUACACGCUGGUUAUGCUCGGAACAAUUCCGAACCUGGUGGUGUUGCCGCCGGAUUCGUUCGGAACAAUUCCGAACCUGGUGAUGAGGCUCGGGAUGGCUUGUUCAGUGACCGAGCCAGGUCUGGCCUGUCCGAUGGUUCGGAGAAUGUUUUCGGCUGGGGAGGGCAGGGAUGUUCGGUGAGUUUCAGAAUGGAGGAUCAAGACGAGAGGGAAGGGGAGCAGAGAGGGCCGUUAUUCACUGGAAGAGAGGACAAGGGAACUGGAGAAGCCUCCAAGGAUCAGGACGGAAGCUGCAGGGCGGAACAGCCUAAUGUGCUUGUAUUAGAUGAUGACUAUACAGGGGAGGAAGGAGGCACAAGCCCCACUGAUGAAAAUGCAGCAGAUCUUGCUGGAGAUUCUCAAUCUGCCGCAGACCAUCGGAAGUUCCUGGCCGUUGGAUCUUUCUCCGAGAUGGUGCUGGGGGGACUGGAAGGGAGGGUAGGGGAGGGAGAGGACGGAUGGGCAAAGGCAAGGGGUGCAAAUCAGCAGGAGAUUCGGGAGGAGGAUGGAGAAUGCGAUGAGGGGGAGGGGGGGGGCGUACACCUGCGGGGGCAGGAGGAAGGUAUCUUUGGGUCGACUCAAGAUGAGAUAGCGUGUGAGGGGAAAGAGGAAGGGAAAGGAGAGGGGGAAGGGGAUGGCGAAAUGGAUGUAGAAGCUUUUGUUAAAGGAGAGAGUGAGGGCAGGGUGGGGUGGGAAGUGGGUGGUCGUGGAGAGGUAGUAAUGGAGGAGGAGGAAUUUUCUAUUACGAGCGCUCUGCAGCAGCAGGAGCAGCAGCAGCAGCAGCAGUAUCUAUCAGCAAUGCUAGAAAACCUGAUCGCUGCAACCGAGGCAGAGCUUGCAGGAAAAGGAAAGAAGGAGCAGGGGAAGAAGAGCAAGGAAGGGAAGGAGAAGAAGAGUCGAGGAUUCUCCAAGCGAGGCAACAAGGAAGCUAAGGCGAGUAGCGGCGGCGGCAGCGGCGGUGGGUCUGGAUUUGAUUUCAGCUUGCUUGGAGGAUCUGUAGCUGCGGGGCCUUCUGGGGGUGGAAUGGCAGGAAGUGAUAGUGUGUGUGGUAGCACUGGAAUUGGUGCAGCAGCAGGAUCGGCUCCGCCACGCUCUCAGCAACACCCCAAGCCCCCGCUUGGUUCGGCUCCAGGCUCGGGAGCAGGCUCGGCAGGUGCCGAACCUACCAGCCGUGUGCCAGCGCCCAGCAGCAAUGUGUUUGUGAAGAUCGACUCGCCGGAGCAGUGGACGUCUGCUGACGUGGCAGGCUUGCGUUCGUCGUCCGGCGUGGAUUUGUCGAGCCUUUCCGGACCUGCUGCCGAGCCUGUUUUCGAGCCUGAGCUGCAAAGCCCAAGGAGGACGAGGAGCGUAGGCUCGGUAAAGGAGAAGGUGGUCGGCUUAGCUUCGGAGCUGGAUGUGGGGUCUGGUUCGGGACUGAUAGCCCCCGUUGCCAUGGGAACCACUUGUUUACGGGCAGAUGAAGGGGCAGAUCGGGCCGACUCGGCCCCCCUCUCUCUCGAGCUAGACGACUACCGCUCCCGCCCGUGUGCGCUCUCAGAGGAGAUGCUGAAAUCCAUUGCAACUAUCUACCUGCACCAUGCCCACCCUGCCGCGUGGGGGCUAGGGGAGGGGCAGAAACGUGCCGUUGCCCUCCUGCUCGCGUCAGACCAGGCCCGUGCCACGUCGGGUACAGCCGGUGCCACGUCGGAUUCAGCCCGUGCCACGUCAGACGAGGCCCGUGGUGUGUCGGAGCAGGGGCGGGCAGGAGGCGAGGAAAAGGCGGCAAGUGGGAAAGGAGGGUUGAGUGAGGCGAAGGAGGGAGGAGAGAGAGGAGGUAGAGGCGAAAGAUCCGGUGAAAGUGAUGAUAACAGUGCUGGCAUUGAUACUCUAAGCCCCCUUAAAACCCAGGAUGAUCCAGAAUUCAGCAGCACAGCCGCAUUUCCUCCCAUCACCCCCUCUUUCCCACCUCUCACUCCCUCCUUCACCCCUCUCACCCUCUCCCUCACUCCCUCCCUCACUCCCUCCCUCUCCAAAAAGCCCUCUCUCUUUGCAUCAGACGCGGGUUCUAAGUCCCGUAGGGGCCUAGCUCUUGCCUCUGCUACAGCCAAGUCUGCUACAGCCAAAGCGCCCCAGUGGCUGCGGUCGGCGUUUCCCGGGGGCAAGCAGGGGGGAGGAGGGGCAGCAGACGAGCGAGGGUGGGAGGGGACGGAAGAGGGGAACGGGCCCGGUGCACCUGAAGCGGGUUUAUCUGCUGCUGCUGUUGGCGCUGCAGACAUUGGCAUGGCAGGAGCAGCAGCCGCAGCAGCUGCUGCGGCAGGCGUUACAGAAGCAGGGUUUGCAGGGGAUAGACCAGCAGAGGGGGCUUUUGAGGCUACCCAGAAUCGGCCGGAGGGGUUUGUGGAUCCAUACGGGGCGUUGGAGGGGCAUCCCUCCCUGCCGGUGGUGGGGGCGUACAGCAGCGCCAUGGAGGUCACUGCUGUGCCUCCUCCCGAGUCCUUCUCCAGCGCCGAUGUCUUCCUUCUCUGCCGCUACAGGAUGCUAGCGGAGCAGUUGGACGAUGUGAGCCCGGCACUGCUAUCAGAGGACGAGCGGCUGGCCUUCUGGAUCAACCUGCACAACGCGCUGCUGCUGCACACAUUCCUGGUGGAUGGAUACCCCACAACACAUGCCAAGCGCAUCGCACUGCUCAAUCAGGCCACGUUCACCAUUCGAGGCACGGCCAUCAACGCAUUUGAAAUUGAGUUCUCCAUUCUCCGAGCACAAUCUUUCCGCUCCUCUCUGGCCACGGCUCUCAAGGUCCGUCCCUUCCCUCCAAGCGACCACCGCUCCUCCUGGGCCCUGCAGUCGCCCCACCCCAGCGUCUCCUUUGCCCUCUGCUCUGGCACCUUCUCUGCUCCCCUGCUGAAAGUGUUCUCACCGCGUACAGUCAGGGCAGAGCUGGAGGAGGCAAGAGAGGGGUUCCUUGAGCUGGCAGUGGGACUCAGUCGAGACAACCGCCUCGUUCUCCCCAAAAUACUUGACUGGUACUGCCCGGAUUUUGCUGAUUCUUUUCCAUCCUUGCUUGAGUGGGUGUUGCACCAGCUCUCCCCUGCGCCACGGUUGGCACUGGCAAAAUGGGUUGCUCUUAGAGGCAAUCCCACAUUCGCACAAUGUGUCGAGGCGGCGCCAUUUGAUUGGUCGAUCCGGUAUCUUCUUGACCCCAAAUCGCUCACAUUGAACACAGAUGGCUUGUAA